GGCUUUCUUCCCUUUGCCUCAUUUCCUGAAGCAUAUACUAGUCUCAAUGCUAAAGUCAAACACAACCUUUGUAACAGAGUUCCUGUUUGAAGGUUUCUCCGGCUUUGGUUGGCAGCACAGGCUUGCCUUUUUUGCUAUUUUCCUAGCAUUGUAUUUUCUCACUCUGUCUGGCAAUGUGAUUAUUGUGAGUAUUAUUCACCUGGAUCAUCAUCUACAUACUCCCAUGUACUUCUUUCUGGCCAUAUUGUCUAUCUCUGAUACCUGCUAUACCGUGACUAUUAUACCACGCAUGCUUUCUGACCUCCUCAAUCCUUACCACACGAUUGCUUUUCGAGACUGUGUGGUCCAGAUCUUUUUUUAUCUAACUUUUGGCAUCAACAACUGUUUCUUACUCAUGGUCAUGGGAUAUGACCGUUAUGUGGCCAUUUGCAACCCCCUAAGGUAUUCAGUCAUCAUGGGUAGGAAGGCUUGUGUCCACUUAGCAUCUGGGUCACUGGGAAUUGGCCUAGGCAUGGCUAUAGUCCAAGUUACAUCAGUAUUUAGCUUGCCCUUCUGUGAUAGAUUUGUUAUCCCCCACUUCUUCUGUGAUGUGAGACCCCUGCUGAAGCUGGCCUGCACAGACACCACUAUCAAUGAGAUCAUCAACUUUGUAGUCAGCGUGUUUGUUCUUAUUCUACCAAUGGGCGUGGUCUUCAUCUCCUAUGUAGUGAUCAUCUCCACCAUCCUCAAGAUUGCCUCUGCUGAGGGACGGAAGAAGGCCUUUGCCACCUGUGCCUCCCACCUCACAGUGGUCAUCAUCCACUAUGGCUGCACUGCAAUCAUCUACAUGAAACCUAAGUCCCAGAGCUUGCUGGGGCAGGAAAGACUCAUCUCAGUGACCUACACUCUUAUCACCCCUCUACUGAAUCCUUUGGUAUACACUCUGCGGAAUAAGGAGGUCAAAGAUGCCCUACGCAGAGCCAUGUGGCAGAAGCCACUUUCAUCUUAAUUAGGUUCAUUUGUAAAUUUCAUUUCUUUCAGUUGGUGAAUAUGCA